CAAACUUAGCAUUUCCCAAAGGCCCAGAUGUGGCACCCUUCGUCCCAUUUCACAUCCCUCCAAUUGGAGUUUACUUGAGCUUCGUCAUGUCCGGUUACGCAAAACUCACCGUCGUCAAUCUCCGCGCCGUCCUCAAGGAUCGUGGCAUUCCUGCCACCGGUCUGACGCGCAAACAACAAUUCAUUGACCGCCUCGAACAAGACGAUCGUGAAAAAGCCCCGACACAAGUCGAUCCCAAUGCGCCGCAGCAGCCGGACGAGGCUGUCGCCGCAGAAGCUGCUGGCUCGACCACCAAGGCUGCUGAAGCCGGUCCCCAAGGCCCGGAGGGAGCAGCAUCUGCAGCACCAACUGAUAUCGAACCUCCUGCGGAGGUCCCUAAGGAGAGAGAACUGCCCGGUGCUGCGCAAAAACAACCUGCGGAGACUACUUCAGCUCCACUAGAAGGGAGUUCACAGCCCAGUGAUGCUCCACGGUCAGCCUUGUCGCAAACUCCACUACCGAGUCUAGAACCACCGCCUACCUUACCAGAAGAUGUGAAAGAGCCGCAUAUCCCUACGUCGUCAGCGCAAGCGUCGGAUACUGAGGAGAGUCGGAAACGAAAGAGGAGAAGCGUAACGCCACCCAUCCCUGCUGAGGUCGUCGCCAAGAAGCUCAAGCAGAGUGAUGAAGAAACCGGCGCGGUUCAUCUUGCUGAGGACAAAGUGGUGGAGACGCAGGUCGAUUCCAUGGAAGAUAUUCAACUUCAAGAACUGCAAGAAAACAUUCCAGCCGGUCCUACACCAGCCGAACAUGUCGAACCCAAGGCAUCUGACGAAUCGAAGGAAGCCCAAAAGGAACCCACCCCCCAGCCAGAUACUUCUACAAAGCAACAUGUGGAUACUGCAGAAGAAGAACUUCGAAAAGUCGAAGACUUUGAGACCAGUACAUCUCGUCAAGCCCUAGAAGAAUCACCCAGAAUGUCUGGGAAGGAUGCACGUUAUCGAGAGCUCUUCAACGCCCCUGGGGACCCUACUCUAGCUCCAAGCGUGGAACAGGAUGAAAUGGAGAUCGCACCCGCGCUUCACCCGGCCACCCCGGCCAUCUAUAUUCGGAACCUGAUGCGCCCAUUACAGCUGCCAGCACUCAAGAAUCACCUCAUCCGUCUGGCGACACCGCCAUCCCAUGGAGAGGAUGUCCCCUCCGAGUCGCCAUCAGACAUUAUCGUCAAAUUCCAUAUCGAUCCCAUCCGCACGCACGCCUUCGUCCUGUUUUCCACCUCCAACCAAGCUGCCCGUGUUCGUGCGUCACUCCAUGAUCGGGUCUGGCCGACCGAGCGGGAUCGCAAGCCCUUGUGGGUCGACUUUAUUCCUGAAGACAAGGUCGAGCAAUGGAUCGAGAUGGAGAUUGCAUACGAAACCGGCGGUGGACGAGGUGCCAAGCGGUGGGAAGUGACGUACGAGAGAAGUGACGACGGGACAGUGCAUGCAGAACUGCAGGAUGCUGGCGCAGCACCUCCACGAAGACAUUCUGAUCUCCGAGAUCGCCUUCCUUUGUACGGAGCGGCACCUAAUAAACUUAGCCCUCUAGGUGAACCCUCUAGUUCGAGGUCGGCCGCACCGCCUCAGCCAGAGGCGACCGGGAAGAGCUUCGUUGCUCUCGAUGCGCUCUUCCCGUCGACCACUGCGAAGCCAAAGCUGUAUUAUCAUCCAGUCGACGAAGAGCUGGCGCAGAAGAGAUUGGACGAGUUUGAUAGGGCCGAGAGCAGUCGUUGGGCUAGGGGACUCCGGGAUUCCCCAGAAAGCUUGCGACGGUACACCUUUGAGGAUGGCGACACACUGGUCGACUCCGGCGAACAUCGUCCUCGAUUUGGGGAUCGAGCACCGGGCGGAUUCCCUCGUGGUGGUGGUCGUGGAAGACGAGGACCUCCACACGGAGGGUAUCGAGGGAGGUAAACCGCACGACUACAUGUAUCCAUAGCAGCCAUGCAUUCGAUCACUGCCUGUAAAAACAAAAUGAAAUUCAAUCGUGCGAUCUUAGAAAGUGGAUUUACUCCUCCGCAUUUGCGUACCGAUGGUCUGCUGUUUAUUUGCGCAUUCGUUCACACGUCGUCGACAUAUUUGUAUCUCUUUUAUCUUCUAGUGAUCCUCGCAUCAUGGCAUGAAUACACUAUUUUUAGCUGGCAUAAUUGGUUAUUGAUUCUCACUGUUGCGCCACUUGACUUGUGGUGCGA